AUCGAGAGAGAGAGAGAGAGAGAGAGAGAGAGAGGGGUAGAGAGAGAGAGAGAGAGAGAGAGGGAGAAACGCCGCCUUGUUUUUGAAGCAUGCACAUAUUCUCUGGACGUAAGCUCCUCUGGUUCAUGUUUGCAGAGCGGGACGGAUCGAGUGACCACGACGCCUUUGAGAAAAGAGAUGCCACAGCAAAGCAGUGAUAUGAGUAGGAUGCUUCGACACGAGUGGUUAUUGCGGUGCGUCUCCUGUAAGAUGGACGAGACAUAUUGGGGCUGAGGAACUGGCGACUUAUCACGUUGCGGAGGAGAGAUGUUUUGCAACUGCCGUAGGCUAUUCAAGAGGAUGAAUGCCUCGCGUGGCGUCAUUUCUCGCUUGUAAUAUGUAGCUCAACGGGCGGCAGAGCGUGUGCAGCUGUUUCUCGGCUAGUGAAAGCCCCGUAAACGCAUCGGUUUAUAAAGUGGAGCCGAGCGCAUUGGCCGCCAGCAACCUUUCCCACCUUGAACUUUCAUGUGCCGAGUGCGAUGCCCCGCUACGAAGUGAGCGCAGCCUCCUGAGCUGUCCGCGGUGCUGAACGGAUCGGUCGGCUCCUCUGUUUUCCACGAGUUGACCUUCUCUCCACCGAGCAGAAAAUCCGCCCCUCUGCAAGACACUGUAAGGUGACAAAGCAGGCCACCACACAUGGACAGCUGCUGGGCUUGACUGAGUCAGCCAGACAAUAUUCUCUUUCAUGGCUGUGGCACGCAAAAUCAAAACUUUGCUGACCGUCAACAUUUUAGUGUUUGUGGGGAUUAUCCUGUUCUCGGUGUACUGCAGGAUCCAGGACCGAUCCGAGGAGCUCAUCCAAUUAGGGCGUAUUUCUGACCAGAGGCUGCGAGCCAGGAAUGGCAAAGUUUCUAACUUGGUGGACAGGCAGUCUAUUCUCCAGAGGCUGGAGAGGCUGGAGGAUGUGGUCUACAAUCAGUUAAACGGUUUGGCGAAGCCCAUGGGGCUGGUGGAGGGACCCGGAGGCCUUGGCCAGGGGGGAGCUGCUGCCACUCUUGGAGAGGACAGUCGCGAUGCUGAGGGGAAGUAUGAGGAGUAUGGCUACAACGCUCAACUCAGUGACCGCAUCUCCCUGGACAGGAGCAUCCCUGACUACAGGCCUAAAAAGUGUAAACAGCUGACCUAUCCAGAGGACCUUCCUCAGAUCUCUGUCGUCUUCAUCUUCGUGAACGAAGCACUGUCGGUGAUCCUGCGAUCUGUCCACAGCGUGGUCAACCACACACCAGCACACCUGCUCAAGGAGAUCAUCCUGGUGGACGACAACAGUGACAGUGUGGAGCUGAAAUUCAACUUGGACCAGUAUGUGAACAAACGCUACCCAGGCCUGGUAAAGAUUGUGAGGAACAGCAAGCGGGAGGGCCUGAUCCGAGCCAGAAUACACGGCUGGAACGCGGCCACGGCUCCUGUCGUUGGCUUCUUUGAUGCCCAUGUCGAGUUCAACACUGGCUGGGCUGAACCUAUCCUGACCCGGAUGAAGGAGGACCACACCCGCAUCAUCCUGCCUGCCAUCGACAACAUCAAAUACAACACGUUUGAGGUGCAGCAGUACGCCAACGCCGCUCACGGCUACAACUGGGGGCUGUGGUGUAUGUACAUCAUCCCUCCCCAGGAGUGGCUGGACAAGGGCGAUGAGACAGCCCCUAUCAGAACUCCAGCUAUGAUUGGCUGCUCGUUUGUGGUAGAUCGGGAAUACUUUGGCGAGAUUGGUCUGCUGGAUCCUGGCAUGGAGGUCUACGGAGGCGAGAACAUCGAGCUGGGCAUGCGGGUGUGGCAGUGUGGAGGGAGUAUGGAAGUCCUGCCAUGUGCCAGAGUGGCCCACAUCGAGCGCACCAAGAAGCCCUACAACAAUGACAUAGAUUACUACGCCAAGCGCAAUGCCCUGCGGGCCGCUGAGGUGUGGAUGGAUGAAUACAAAUCCCACGUCUACAUGGCAUGGAAUAUUCCCAUGAAUAACCCGGGGGUUGAUUUCGGGGAUGUCUCAGAGCGCUUGGCCUUAAGGAAGAGGCUACAGUGUCGGAGUUUCCGCUGGUACCUUGAGCAUGUCUACCCAGAGAUGCGGAUCUACAACAACACCAUCACAUAUGGCGAGGUGAGGAACAGCAAGGCCAGUGGCUACUGCCUGGACCAGGGCUCUGAGGACGACGACAAAGCUAUCCUUUACCCCUGCCACGGCAUGUCCUCCCAGCUGGCCCGCUACUCUACUGAGGGGCUUCUCCAGCUAGGACCCCUGGGGUCGACCACCUUCCUGCCUGACACAAAAUGUCUGGUUGACGACGGCAGAGGACGAACUCCCAGUCUGAAAAAAUGCGAUGCAGUUUCAAGGAUUUCCCAGAGACUUUGGGACUUUACACAGAAUGGUCCAAUCAUCAGCAGGGACACUGGUCGAUGCUUGGAGGUAGAAAUGUCCAAAGAUGCCAACUUUGGCCUUCGUCUGGUGGUCCAGAGAUGCUCUGGUCAGAAGUGGAUGAUACGAAACUGGAUUAAGCAUCCCAGGCACUGAAGCCAGAGAACAACCUCUGAGACAGUUUGGGCACUGUUUCAAGUGGAAUUUGAGUCUCCAACUGUGGACAGUUCAGAGAGGAGCAGGGACUGCUGGUGCUAGUGUGUGGUAUUUCACACCCAAGACUGCACUGCACACCGAGCUUCCCUCAGGCCACAGAGCUUCCAACACUGAGUGUUAAAGAAGAAUAUGAUCAAUUCAUGUGUUCCACUGAGCUGUGUGCGCUGUUUGAAAUGGCCCACAUUUCUGACAUUCAGCUACAUGUAUAGAACAGUGUAACAAGACACCUGAGUGCUGCCCCCGAAAGUGGUUCAACAUCCCAGUAAUUCUUUUAUUUUUACUGUAAAACUAGAGAUGAGAGAGAGGGCGUGCGUGGUUGUCUCUUUUGUUUUCUUUUUCUGAGUGCAUCUGACCAAAUCAGAAGAUAUAAUUGUCAUCAAUUGCCACAUCAAAGUGAUUAUUUUGGGCUGUGAUGUGGAAAAUUGCUUUGGACAUAUUGUGCUGCCUUGGCAAGUCAUGUAAUAGGCUUCAAAGGGACGGCCCAUAAUCUGAUCGGGAGGCAUUUCACCUGCACUCACACAAACCACGACAGUUCUUUGUUUCUUUGGACUGUAUUGCUCACUGUGGACAGGAGCAAUCAUGUGCCUUUUUUCUCAUUUUUCUGCUUCAUCUGACCAGGGAAUGUCAGUCCCAAAAGCAUGUACAAAAUUAUUUGAAAGUUAUUAAUAUAUAAAACAAUGUAUAAAUCAGUCUAAUGAUAGUAAUAUAUUGUAAAAAGUGAAAAUUGAUAUCCGUCCUCUGAUAACAAUUAGGAUAAUAAAAUCAUUUUUAUGAUGA